CUCACUCUUUCUCUCACUGUGUAGUUCGGUACUGAAAACCUCGAAAAAGGAACUCAGUCUCUCUCUCUCUCUCUCUCGUUUUCCGAUAGGAACUAGGAAAUCCGACCGGAACUAGUCGGAAGUUCAGAGCACCGACAUAUCUUUCCGGCGAGCUCGGCAGCAAUGCCGAUCCUUCGAUCUUUGUUACUGCUCUUGGUUCUGCAUUCAGCUCUUCUGGUUUCCGCUAAGAGAUCCAAAGCCACCACCAGUUUGUGGCAGACGUUGAGUGGAAAUGCACCUUUAGUUGUUGCUAGGGGUGGUUUUUCAGGGAUGUUUCCUGAUUCCAGUUAUGGUGCAUACAGUUUGGCACUGAUGACUAGUUUAUCAGAUGUGAUCUUAUGGUGCGAUGUACAGUUGACGAAGGAUGGAGCUGGGAUCUGCUUCCCAAGCCUCAAUCUAGCCAACUCUUCUUCCAUAUUAAAUUUUUUCCGAAAUAGCAGCGUCUAUCCUGUGAAUGGGGUUCCUGUGCAAGGAUGGUUUUCUGUGGAUUAUACUCUUAAUGACUUAUUCAAUGUCUCCUUGACUCAAGGAAUUUAUUCUCGAACUAAUAAGUUUGAUGGGAAUAUGUAUAGUAUUCUUACUGUUGAAGAUGUAGUAUCCCAAUUCAAACCACCUGGAUUGUGGUUGAACAUUCAGAACGAUGGAUUCUUCAGGCAGCAUAAUUUGAGCAUGCGAAGCUUUGUGCUUUCUGUAUCAAAACGUGUUAUAGUUAAUUAUGUCUCAUCACCGGAGGUGGGUUUCCUGAGCAGUAUUGCUUCACGUAUAGGAACCAAGACAAAACUGGUCUUCCGUUUUCUCGAAAAAGAUGAUACUGAACCAUCAACUAAUCAGACUUAUGGCUCACUUUUGAGCAAUCUUACAUUUGUCAAGACAUUUGCAUCUGGAAUUCUUGUUCCCAAGGCUUACAUAUGGCCUGUAAAUAAUUUAUAUUUACAAUCGCCUACAUCUGUUGUGUCGGAUGCUCAUAAUGAAGGACUGGAAGUUUUUGCCUCGGACUUUGCAAAUGAUGCAGUUUUGAGCUACAACUACAGCUAUGACCCUGUAGCUGAAUAUCUUUCAUUCAUUGACAAUGGUAAUUUCUCUGUUGAUGGUGUGCUGUCGGACUUCCCUAUAACUCCAUCAGAGGCCAUAGAUUGCUUUUCUCAUAUAAGCAAGAAUGGUACUGGACAAGCACCUCCAGUGGUUAUCACACACAAUGGAGCUAGCGGAGUUUACCCUGGCUGUACGAAUGUUGCUUAUCAGCAAGCUGUUAAAGAUGGUGCUGAUGUUAUUGACUGUUCUGUUCAAAUGACAAGUGAUGGGAUCCCCAUAUGCUUAGGCUCUAUAAAUCUUAUAGAGGGCACGGCAGUAGCCCAAUCACCGUACAGCAAUCGUUCUGCUCGUAUUCCAGAGCUACAGAAAACCCCUGGAAUUUUUACAUUCAGCCUCACAUGGAAAGAGAUUCAGGCCUUGUCGCCUGCUAUAUCGAAUCCAUACCUGGAUUACAGGCUAUACCGGUAUCCGGCUCAUAGAAAUCAAGGAAAUCUUUUCUCAUUGGAUGAUUUUUUAACCUUCGCAAAAACCAAUCCUCUUUCUGGGGUCUUGAUCAGUGUCGAGAAUGCAGCCUACCUUGCAGAGUAUCAGGGUUUAAGUGUAAUUGAUGCAGUUUUUGAUUCAUUAGACAAGUCUGGUUACAAUAACCAGACAAUCCAAAAAGUAAUGAUCCAGUCCACAAACAGCUCUGUUCUGAAGGUAUUUAAGGAGAAAACCAGUUAUGAGCUUGUAUACCAGGUUGAUGAAACUAUCCGUGAUGCCCUUAACUCAUCCAUCGAAGGCAUCAAGGGAUUUGCCCAUUCUGUGUCACUCACCAAGGAGACCAUCUUUCCAGAAAAUCAGGCUUUAUUCCUCACUGGUGCUACCGAAAUUGUAAAGAAGCUUCAGUCGUAUAAAAUUUCAGUCUAUGUAAAUUUGUUUACUAAUGAGUUUGUAUCUCAAGCAUGGGACUUCUUCUCAGACCCAAUGGUGGAGAUAAAUACAUUUGUUAGCUCAGCUAAUAUUGAUGGAGUCGUCACCGAAUUCCCAGGGACAGCCAUAUCAUACAGAAAGAACAAAUGUUUAAACAUGGGCAAUAACAGACCAAGUUACAUGUCCCCUGUUCAGCCUGCUGGUCUCUUGCAAGUCAUUACUACACCAUACUUGCCACCAGCCGAGGCUCCAAACCCGGUCCUGACUGAUGCUGAUGUUAUAGAGCCGCCUUUGCCUUCUCUUGUCCAGAAAAAGCCAACCUCUGAAGCAGGAGGGCCAGCAACAUCUCCAACUGCAGCCAUCCGAGCUCCAAACGGGCAGCCACGGAAUGCCUCUAGUUUCUUCUUAUCAUAUUUUGUUGUUCUUCUUGCAUUUCUUCUAUUCUGAAGUAGGAACAAAGAUCCUCACCUUCGCUCGCCUUUUGCAUCUUCUAUUAUCUCUGGCAAAAAUCAAU